CUUGUGCUGCAUUAAAUUAAAUUCCCCUGUUAUUCUGACAUUUUUUGUCAUGAAAAGCAAAAAAACUUUGAAUCCAACCUAAUUUUUGCUCUGUUUGAAAUCUACAUUUUGAUUUAUUACAAAACUUUUUUUUUAUGUACAUUAAAUCUGAUUUUACUGCCAGCGUUGUGUUCACGUAACAGACUUCGGAGAAUUUUCCAGUGGAGCUGCAGUGCUAUAUCCAUUUUUGUGUAACUUCAAUGUCAGCUCAAUGCUACAGCAGUAGAAGGACCCCUAGAGGUGAAUAAACAACAUUGGACAUUUUAAACAAUUAAAAAAAGAAAUGAACAAAAUAUUUUUUAUUAUUAUUUAAUAAAUUUCACUCAUUAUUUAAUUUUAAUCAAAGAGAUGGUAAUGCUUUUUUCUUUUCUAUUUUUUGACAUGUAAAUUGAUACCUUAGAACAGUAAGUUCUCAUGACGUCAUCAGCUGCAUGAAGCUGCAGAGCGCAGCGGAAGCAACAACAGGUUCUUCAAAAUAAAAGCAUUGAAAGAUUUUGAAAUUGGUUAAAUUGAAGUUAUAGAUAUGACGAGUUAAAAUUUUGCUUGGCAAGAAUUAUAUCUGGUGUUUAGCAACAACAAAUUAAAAAAGUUUGUUUUUUGAGUAGUUGUUUAAGACUUUUACUUUCUGCUAAAAGAUGAAGAUCUUAAGGACCAUUCUUAAUUUGGUUUUAGUUAGUGUAUUGAGUGAUUGUUUUGAAUUUAAAGGGGGACUGAUUUUUUUUUUUAUCUAUUGUCAACAAUUUAUCAUUAUUUGCUUUUUUUAUGAGAAAUAGUAUUGUCUUUUUGUGCAACUUUUAAGAUUAAAUGCUAUCCCAUACAGUAAACUUUAUUUAUUUAAUUGGUGUUUGCGUUUAUAUAUGCUAUUCGCGCUGAAUAAAAGUGGCUACGUUUUAUUUUGAAAAUCAAAAACGGAAGUAAUGUUUUCAGGCUUGACAGAAAUCUAGCAGACGGGUCAGAUCAGAGGGCUCCAGGCGGGCUUCAAUGAAAGCCAGCCCUGCCGAGGGGAGAGGCCUUCGCCGGGAUGUUCGUGUCCACGCCGCCGUCCCCGGAGCAGCCCCCCCGCCCCGGCCGGCAUCCAUGAAGCCCCCGCCGAUGAAGGCCCCAGCAGCCAAAGUGAGGCGGAAAGUGUCCGGAGACACGGAGCAUGUACUGGCGCGCCGGGCUCGCAUUAACAGGCUCCUGUGUGAUUGAUCUUGGCCAGAACCAGAGCGUCCCCUCCGGGUUUCUGGGUUCCGAUGAUCCGCUGCCUUUCUCUGGGUGCAUCAUUGCGUUCCCGCUGCACAAACACGGCGGGAUAAUGUCAGCUUUGAGCUCGGACUCGUGGUGGCGGAAAACCUUGUAUUUGACCGGGGGGGCUCUGCUCGCUGCUGCUGCAUAUCUGCUGCACGAACUGCUGGCCAUCAGAAAAGAAGAGGAGCUGGACUCUAAAGAUGCCAUCAUUCUUCAUCAGUUCUCCAGGCCCAAAUGUGGGGCUCCGUCUCUGUCCCCCUUCUGCCUUAAACUGGAGACCUACCUCCGUAUGGUUGAUCUACCCUACAAGAACUCCUUUGAUGGACGGCUUUCUCCACAAGGAAAGAUGCCGUGGAUUGAGUACAAUCACGAACAGGUCUUUGGGACUGAAUUCAUCAUUGACUUCUUGGACGAGAGGCUGGGGGUGAGCCUUAACAAGGGCCUCACGCCUCAGGAGAAGGCCAUGUCUCGUGCCAUCACCAAGAUGUUAGAGGAGCACUUCUACUGGACUAUAGCUUAUUGCCAGUGGGUGGACAACUUAGAAGAGACCCAGAAGAUGCUGUCGAUGAGCGGACCACUGAGUGACUUGCUCACAUGGAUCCUGAGUCACCUGACCAGCGGGAUUGUAAAGAGGGAGAUGUACGGACACGGGAUUGGACGGUUCUCUGCUGAGGAGGUGUACGCCCUGAUGGAGAAGGACAUGCGCACACUGGCCACUCUGCCAGGGGAUAAGAAAUACCUCAUGGGCUCCAAACUUUCUACAGUGGACGCGACAGUGUUCAGCCAUUUGGCGCCGGCCAUGUGGACCCUGCCGGGAUCACGACCAGAACAGUUAAUCAAAGGAGAGCUGAUCAACCUGGCCAUGUACUGCGAGCGGAUCCGCCGGAGGUUCUGGCCGGAGUGGUUCGUUGACCUGGAAGAUUUCAGCUACAACGACUUCACCGACCGCAGCGAUUCCAAACUCCCCGAUCUCGGCCUUUACUCCUGCACGGACUCUUCCCGCGACGACACUCUCUCGCCGCACACCUCGCACGCGCACACGCCACCGGAGCCGGCGUCGCCCGUCAGCGACCCCACGGGUCACUCUCUGUACGACUCCGACAUGGACACCGAGUGCUCUGAGAUAGAUCCGCUCAAGUGUUGACAAACACUUUUAGCACACUCCACUGCAAAACAGAGGGAGCUGCGUUCUUCUUCAUUGCACGUCCUGAGCAGAAAACCGCUGGGGGGUGUGGUUAGAGUUGCCUGAGUUGGCGGGGAUAAAAGGAACAUAAAACAAGUCAGCAGUAAAUUAUAAGAACUUAAAAAUGAGAAAAAGUUAAAAGAAGGAGUAAAUGAUGCCGCUGCUGAAAAACUCCUCCUCCUUUCAUCCUUGUUGCAAUGUUGUAUCCAUGGCAACUGCAUCCCUGUGUGUCCCCCACCAUCAUAGUCCAGAGUGAUAACCUGCUCCGCCCGGCUGGCUUUCUGUGUGUUCUGACUAAAAAAGCAAUCCACGUUCAUGGAGGUGCGUCUCCACUGUAAAUAUUUCCAGAAUCUGACUGAAUAUUUGAUCAUUUUGUGAAUAUAAACACAGAAUCACCUCUUUUAUGAUAUAAAUAUUCAACAUCUUUGAAGCAGCUUGAGUCAGAAGCCCACCCUGCUGUUCUGGGAUCAGAACUGUUUACAGACAGUUAGUGCCUAUUUCUCAUGCUUUAAGGAUUUAAGUUCAUGCUUUUAUUUUUAUUUAUUUUUUUUUAGUUUGCCCUACAAAUUAAGGCAGGUCAAAUUCCAUUUUCACAUUUCCAUUUUUUAAUUUUUUUUUUUUUAUUUCCUUCUUCAGUGCCUGUGACCAAAGCAGCCACACGAGUGCAGAUAAAAUAUAUUUAAUUUUUUUAAGGAAAUGCUUCAGAAAUCCACAGGAGAGAGAAUCUGCAGGGAUUGUUUUUAGUGUCGGAAAUGUUCAUGUGUGUUUGUCGUUCAGCAAAUGCACGUUUUACCAUCGGUACCGCUCGAGUAUAUUGAUAAAAAUCAGGAAGUUCGUUAUAAAAAAAGAAAAAAACUAUCUGAGAUGAAGAAAAGAGCGUUUUCUGUGUCAGUGAGCGAUCCUAAAAAUUAUAUUUUAGGGAUAUUUCAACACAAAUGUAUCAAUUAAACUAAAAGUCCCAAAUAGGUUUUGAAAUUUAAGAUGUCUUAAUGAUUACUCAUAGUGUACAUUUUAAUUAGAAACAAAUAUAUAGUUAAAAAUAUUUAUUGUAGAUUUUAAAUGUUAUUUUUUUACUGUAUUUUUUUUUUCUCUUAAAAAUGUCUUAAAUUCCUCACUUCAUUUCUGUUGCCUUCUUCAAACAAAUAGUUGACGUUACAUGAUGUACAUUAUUGGAUUAUUAUUUUUAUGAUGUUAAUUUGUUUCUUGUUUUGGGGACUAAAUGUGUGUUUUGGUGCAAUAUUUGACCUCCUCUACAUCCAGAUUCCUGCUGCUUUUUUAUGUCAUUUUUAUGUGCAAAAUGUUUACUUUUCUGCUCGAACUUCUCGUUCAGUUGAAUGGCUGAUCCCAGAGCAGCACGAGGAGGCGUGGUCUGUGCGUCCUCACCUGUCGCAGGAGAAUCCGUGACCUGCUCUGUUUGUCGGCGUCGGUCACCAUCAGGGUUUGCUUUCCCGUCUUCACUUCUGCUUGUAGACUUUAGAAGCCAUAACUGCUCUGUCUCCUCGUGUCGUGUGGGAUGAAAUGUGGAAUUUACUUCAAAACUGUAAAUAGGAGAAAGAGCAAAAUAAAUAUACAUAUAUACAUAAAAUAAAGUUCUCUGAGGCUGGAAUCAAAGAUUCUCCUGAAUGUAUCACAGAGACAGAAGGCUGUACAGAAACGGUUUAAGUGAAAUAUUUCAAUAAAACUGUGAUCCUUUCA